AUUGAUUUAAAAAACAUGGCGCCUUGCUGGCAUUUCAUUAAUUUGGCGUUUAUUUAUCUUUUCUAUUUGUUGCACGUUGUCAAAGGCUUGGAAGCACGAAAACCGACCUUGAGUGCGACAGCUCUUGCUGCGGAUCAUACCAUUACUCUGACUUGCAACAUUUACGGGGAGACGUCUCGCUCAGUCGGCUGGUACAGGAACCAGGGUCCAAAGACAAUCUCUAUUGGGUAUGUAAACAACAGAUGUGAAACAAGCCCUCCUGAGCUGCCGUUUUCAGCGAAGUGUCUGUGUCUGAAUAUCACCGUGUUUAGUUGUAUGCUGACAGUGGAGCCAGUGAAUUACAAGGACGAAUGGCGUUGCUCGGUUGCUGAUAAAGGGUUAGCGUUAUACAGUACCGGAACGAAGAUUAAAGGAUCGAAUAAUAGCCGGACUGAAAAAGAUUCACCCUCAGCCGCAUUGUGGAGCGAAAGACGUAGCGACGAUGUCAAUCAACCUGUUAAUAACCAAGAAACAACGCUACGUACUGAGACAGAAGCGUUUGAUAAUAUGGCAGGGGAUACCGACAGAGUGGACACAGGGGACACAGACAGUGUGGACACAGGGGACACAGACAGUGUGGACACAGGGGACACAGACAGUGUGGACACAGGGGAUACAGACAGUGUAUCCACAGGCGAUACAGACAUUGCAUCAUUCAACCAUUCGUCCAAUGUGUCCUUGCACUAUUCAUCCAAUGGCACAGAACAUUCAACACAUGAAGAUCCAGCCAAGUACUCAAUUGAUGGGUCAUAUAUGACAAUUAUCAUAGCAUCUUCUUGCGGUGGUGCUUUACUGUUGGCAACUGUUGGUUUGCUUAUAUGCUGCUUAAAGAGAAGAAAACGGACAACGGGUAAUCAAGCUGAAAAUGCAUGGAUCGCAAAUGGCGACAGGAGCAGACAACAUACAAACAUUUUACAGCGCGUUUACAGUAACAACACAGAGGCUCUAUGUCCAAAUGCGGAACGACCAUGGCUGGGAUAUGGAAAAAGAGACACCAAAAACGCAAAUGCAACAGAGGACCCCUUAUAUCUUCAUGCAACUCAUGAGCCGGCAAUCGCACAAAAGGACCUGUGUUAUUUCCAUCCAACUCAUCAGCCGGCAAAAGCAGAAGGGGACCUGUGUUUUAUCCAUCCAACUCAUCAGCCGGCAAACGCACAAAAUGACCUGUGUUAUUUCCAUCCAACUCAUCAGCCGGCAAACGCACAAGAGGACCCGUGUUAUAUCCAUCCAACUCAUCAGCCGGCAGAAGCACAAAAGGACCUGUGUUAUAUCCAUCCAAUUCAUCAGCCGGCAAAUGAGCCGCUAAAAGACGACCAGAAUGUUUAUUCCACAAUAGGUAAUACUACAAGUUUGGAUCGAAGAAAUUUAGAUCGCUUCCGAUCGCCUGACGAGAUGUUAAAGCCAAAGCGAGCUAUUGUGCCAUCUGAAGGCGAGUAUGCUGUCCCCGACACUGAACUAUGUACCAUUGACAUAGGUGGAAGUUCGAGUGGGCGGGGAGAUCAGGAACCAUCAACGUACGAGAAACUGGAUGUCUGCACCAGAACUUAUGAGUCAAUGUAUACUUUCAUAAAACCGCGCGAAUGAAAUAAUUACGGUAUUUGAGAAACCGACUUACAGUUUGGGACUAUGUUCACAUUUUUGAAAACAUUUUGAAAGGAACAAUCCAGUUAGAUAAGGUUUCCUACGAGGCAAUGUACAAUUUUACAAAAGCAUCGCCAGUAAAAUGAUGGACAAGUAGAAACCUGCAAGAUAGUUUCCUGACCGUACAACGCAGCAUAUACAUAUGUUUGAGAGCCUCGGAUUUCUUAUGUAAAAUAGCUCGAACUUGAUAUAAUAGACCGAUACAUUUUAACUGAAUGCAAGCGUUUCCGCUUGGCUGGAGAUUUCCGAGGAUCGAGGUAUUUUCGCUGGACCCUGGGAGUUGGAGCCAACGGGUUUCGACUGUAACUAUAUGAUUGAAUACUACCUUGAAUGUUGAUUAUUAUGUUCAGGACAGCCAGCCAGAUAUACCUGUUUAUUUAAUUGGUAUUCUUAUGUGACGGAAUUAGAUGAGUUUUAUAGGUUAUAAAUCACAAAUCAAUCUGAAGGGUAGAUUGUCACGUAUUCAACCUCCUUGAACAUUUAUAGUUAAGCUUAAGGGAAAGUAAUCAUGAUUUGUUAUACAUACUUUGCUCGAAACGAUUAAUAACGCAGACAAAACUAAUGUAUUUGUUGUAUAUUAUGUAUUUUGAGCCGAUGGUUUUUAUUUACUCAAUAAACUGUUGACUUGACUUUUCUUUAAAAUAGCAUGAUAAUCCAAAUAACUAAUUUGUACACAAUGAAACUUGGCAAAUUAAGAGGGAACAACUAUAAAGACAAAACAUAAGAGAGAUGAUUGUUUUCAAAAAUAUCUUAAUUAAAAUGUAAAUGCUACAUACCUGAAAUACCAGGAUAAUAUGGAUUUGUAUUAUAUCAUAUUUUAUUUAAUUGACUAUAUCAUAUUAUUUAUCAUAGACCUACUUAGAAGAAAUGCUUGGUUUAUGAAUUUACUUAAAUUUCUUGUUUUGACAAGUUUUUGCGAAUUCAUUUAUUCAAUAAACUUGAACAUUCUUGGGUUUAUAAUAUCAACUACUUUCUGAUAUUCCUAUAUUCGGGUAUGAUUUAAAAUUCAUCCAGUGUUUGGUGUCUCUACAAUUGAAGCUGCUGUUGUUGUUCUUUUUGUUGUUGUUGUUGUUGUUGUUAGUGUUGUUGUAAAUGUAAUUGUUGUUGAUAAUGCUGUUGUUGUUGUUGUUGUUGCUGUUGUUGUUGUUGAGUGUAAUGAAAUGCCUUUUAAAGAUGAACUCCCAAAUAUUUUAUACCAUAAUUUAUACAAUUGUUUAAACUUUAAACUGACUGACAAGGAUAAAUUAAUAUUGGAAACAAUGAUUCUUAUGAAGGAAACCGUGUUGAAUAUGACAGAAAGGUGCAGGAAAAUGUAACGCUUAUAUUGUCAACUUUACUUUGAUUCAAGGCGAGUUUCCUGAUGAUCUUAAAGUCGCUAGAGAGAUCCCCCUCUGUAAAAAAAGCGAUAAAACCUAUUUUAAGUAUUUUAUCAAAAGUCUUUGAAAAGGUAGAAAAUAACAUUUUCAUCAAUUCCAGUCAGGUUUUAGAAGUGGUUUCUCAACUUAGUGUUUGAUCAACUUAGCUGAUCUUAUAAGAUCGGAAGUGGACAAGAGUAAUUUGAUAGGCAUGGUCCUCUUAGAUCUUCAGAAGGCAUUUGAUACUGUUGACCAUACCAUCCUGCUCAUGAAACUUCAAGCAUCAGGUCUGGCUGAUGGCAUAAUGAGAUGGUUUAAAUCCUACCUUUUAUUUAGACAGCAGCUUACGUCUCUGGUGUUCAGUCUGCAACUGCACCUAUAACAUGUGCUGUCCCCAAAAGGUCCAUACUUGGGCCACUUUUAUUUUGAAUCUAUGUCAAUGAUAUGUCUGAAGUGGUUAAAAUCAAACUUUUGCUGUAUGCGGAUGAUUUUGGCAUACUUGUAUCUGGUUAGAAUACGUCUAAUAUUGAGAAGGUUUUAACUGAUGAUUUAAAAAGUGUGAGUCAAUAGCUAGUAGAUAAUAAGUUGUCACUGCAGUUAGGAAAGACCGAGUCAAUUUUGUGCAGAUCCAAGUGUAGGCUUUAAUCUAACUCUAAUUUCAAUGUUACAUGUAAUUGUUCAGUUAUAGAAUCCUACUCUUCUGUCAAAUACCUUGGGGACCUUGGAUCAGAAAUUUUAUUUUCAUGAAAAGCACAUUCAUUUAUUAAGAAGGCCAAUUACAGGUUGAGGUACUUUUACCGUAAACAUGAUAAUUUUACUCAACAUACAAAGAAACUACUUGUUAUGUCCCUCGUUCAAUGUCACUAUGAUUAUUCUUGUUCCAAAUGGUAUCAUGGUCUUACACAGGCCUUAAAAAAUAAACUGCAAAUUACACAAAUUAAGAUUAUUAGAAUUGUACUCAAUCUUUACCGAAGAUCUCACAUUGGAACACGUCAAUUUUAUUCUCUUCACUGAUUACCAGUGGCUAAGGGAGUUGAUCAAAUUAUUCUGUGCCAUGUUUUUAAAGUAAAAUAAAAAAUGGUAUAGCUCCAUGCUUUAUGGGAGAACACUUUAAACCUGAACAAAAUUCAUUCGUAUAAUACAAGAAUUAGAGAAAAAGGCGCCUAUGCUGUUCCAAGGGUUAAAGGUUUUGGAUUAAAGUCAUUAUGUUACUUAGGUUGUAAUCUUUGGAACAAAUUGCCUGCAAGUAUCACCUAAAUUGUUCAUUUCGCAAAUUUUAAGGUUGCUGGUAAGAGUCACAUACUUGAUAAUUUAGUAUUGUGAUAUGUUCAUUUUUAAAUAUUGUGUGUAGGUGAUUUUCUUUAUUAAAAAUAAUAUUUUACAAGUUAAUCGAUGGAGGACUUAAAAGUGUGGUUUCGUUUUAAGACCAUUAACGCUAAUGCAUAAUCUUAAUAUGUAAUUCUUAUAAUAAUCUUUUUAAAUUUUAUUAAUGUGCAUAAAUUAAAUUGUGAUAUUUUUCUAAACUCUGUGGUAUGUUUUUGAUCGAAGUAAUGGCAUACUUGAGAUAAAAUACGAACAGUAUACUUACUGUGGUACUUAUUUAAAACCAUAUGAUUAUAUGCAUGUGUAGUCUUAAUUAUUUGUAAUGCAAGUUAAAAAAUGCAUCUCUAUGUCACGCCACCCAUAUUAAGGACCUCAAUGAAAAUAAGGGUUCUCUCUGUGACCCUUGUUUGCGUUAUCCUUGGUGCUGGUGUACAGGGCAUGGCCCAGUCAUAUUUGCAUGUAUGUAAUAGUUAUAUAUUUAAUGUACAUGUUGUUUUUAUCGUCCAUAUUAUGCACUCAUGGCUGAAAUAAAUAAAAUAAAUCUAUCUAUCUAUCUAAUGUUAUACGCACAUUAACGUUACUUUAUGAAAAUAGAAAAUGUAUUGUGUGUGACGUUUUGGAAGAUGAAUUUUUAUUCUUGAAUGCCCUCUGUAUAACGAAUUACGACAUUCAUAUAUCAAUAAGUAUGAUCGGAAUAGACCAAACGUUCCAAAAUUUGUUGAAUUAAUGCAAUCCGAAAAUGUUGAAGUGAAUAGAAAUUUAGCCAUGUAUAUUAAUUAUGCAUUUAGUUUAAGAAACAAGUAUCAUUAUUAUUAUAACUAAUGAUAGCCUAUAUAUAUAUAAACGUUAUUUCACACUGAUCUCUCGCUGUCACAUAUUGUCAUGUAUUGAUUUUACUCUACAUGUAUACAAUAGUUAUUAGUUUUGUAUUUUACGCGAUGUCAUAUAUGUUCUGUAUAUUAUAAAUAUGGCAUUGAUCACCUGACAACUUAAAUAUAUUUAUUAUGUUCUCAAAUGUAUACACAUGGACAUUAUGUCUACAUGUAUUUCUGAAUAAACCGUAAGAAAUAAUUAGCUUUUAAUUAUUGUUUGGCAUAUAAAUGUCAUCAACAUAUGGUUGUUUAGUGCAACGUGACCAUUCAAAACAAGGUCAUAAAAUGUUAGGGUAUAUGAUUUUUGUCAGUUCAUUGUAAACAUUUGUAUAAAGAGUUGCUAUUUGUAUUCAUUCAUUUUGUAAAUAAAUAUGUUGAAAUUGUAAACGUAAAUAAAAAUAUUGACUUGGAAUGCAUCGUUAUGUUAUCAGUCUAUUUAAUCUAGUGGAACUUAAUUGUAUAAAGAAUUGCCGUUUGUAUACAGAAUUUUAUAGCUAUAUAUAUAAAAGCUUUAAUAAGCGUUGGUUAGUUAAAAUGUCCGUCAAAUUAUAUACAAUGAUGAAUUGUGUUUAUGAUAGAGUAUUUAUACUCAUUCAUCAUGUGUAUUAAACAGUCAGGGUCCGGCUGAGACAUGUUGCUGAGAUGGACUCACAUGUAACGAUAUAGAAGACGAGUUUCAUUUUGUUCUUGUCUGCCCAAUGUAUAGUAAUAUCCGACAUACUUAUAUUCCUAGAUACUAUGUUAGAAAUCCCAGUAUGAUUAAAUUUGUAUCAUUACUAAAUUCUGAUAAAAAACUAUGUUAAUAAAAUUAGCUAUUUUCUGUAUUAAGGCUUUUAAGAUAACAGACAUAAAUAUAUGAUAUUUUAUAAGACAUUAUCGCAUUGUAUUGUUGUUAAAUGUGUUAGUUUUGUGUAUAUUAUAUGUAUUGUUGGUAUAGUUACCAAAAUAUCCAUACGUAUUACUUAUUUGUUACAUGCAUUACUUAUUUAUCACACACAUGCUACUUUUUCAUUUUUGCAUUCUUUGUUUAUAACGAUGAGCUGUAUAUGCUUAAGUUAAAUAAACAUUCUGUUCUGUAAGGUAGUGAGAUUGUUUUAGGGAUUAGAAGAAGUUUGUCUGCUUUCUCGUAUUCAACAUUUUGUAAAUAAUUAUGUUGACAUUGUAAACGUAAAUAAAAAU